CCCGCGGGGGAGGCGCCCUCGGGCCCCGCGGCGCAGCCCAGAGUCCUCUGGAUCGUGGGAGACCCUGAGCCCGGCCCUGAGAUGGGAACACAGCAGGAGUGUUGCAUUUGUACUUGUGUGUCAUCGCAUCAGGUGCUGUAAAAUGUGGAUUUGAGGAUGACAGAAUAAUGAAGAUAAUGUUUAAUGCUCAACCAAGACACUUUGAAAUGAAACUGGCUUGGAGUUGUGUUUCUGAGACAUGGUUGCAGUUCUAGGGGAGACCUAUGGAGUCCAUGCCCUGAAGCUCCUCAGACACCCGAUGAGGAGGGAUCCAGAGGGUGCCCAGAUCCUACAGGUACAUCCCCGGAUCUCACUGUCCACCCUCGACCUAGGCAAGCUCCAGAGCUGGCCUCAGGGCUCCCUGGGCCACAAGUAUCUCUGUUUCCUGCACGAGAAUGAUCCCACACACUUCUUUGAGGACUCUGAGGCAAGAAGAGUGCUGCUGGAGGAACCAGACAAUGACCAGGAUGCUGCACCCCAUGAGGAUGGCACUGAGCUCACCCCACCCUCGCUGGAAGAGCAAGGCCAUGCCCCAGAGAAUGCAGCCUGUGCAGGCGAUCCUGAGCUCACACCAGACCUGCUGGAGGAUCAGCCCCGACAAGCUUCCUGCAGGUUAAAGGGAGGGAGCUAAAGGAACAGCAGUUCUGCCUAUGGAAGCAGGCCCUGCAGGGAUUCAUAGCACAAGCCAAGGGUGCUCACCUGACACCACCCCUCCAGGGACCCAGCCCCUCACCAUGUACUGCCUGUCCACAUCAGGGACAACUGACCAUUCAGCACUGCUCCACCCCCAACUUCUCCUCCUCCACCUCCCUAGCCACAUGUCUUUCUUUAACUUCUCCAAGGCCUCCACCCACAGACACCUGGCCCUUCUCUUGUAGUUCCAACUCUUGGUCUCCUAAUUCAUUUCAAGUUAUUUUUAUGUAUUUCCUCCAAGAUUUCUUGUUCACUGUACAAAUGCUAAUACACUUGUUCUCUCUUCACCCA